AUGAGAGUGAGAGGAACAAUUUUGCCUUUACCCUCACAUCUCCCCCUCUUUCUCCUCGCCUUCAUCUCCCCUUCUCUAUUUUCUUCCUGUUCCUCUCUGUUCUUUUGCUGUCCCUCUCCGUUCCCCUCCGCCCCCCUCUGUUCCUCUCUGCUCCUCUCUGCUCCUCUCUGUUCCUCUCUGUUCCUCUCUGUCCCACAUUCCCCACAACCCUUCGGCCAAACGCAAUCAGAUCUCAAGUCCAAGCACAUUAUCCAAUCAGCGACGCACGUCCUCCUCUCGGGCACCUCAGCGGGCGGCCAGGCAGUCCUCUUUCUUUGCGAUCGCAUCGCUGCUGCCUUCCCCGAGGCCGCAACCAAGUGCGUGUGCGACUCGGGCUUCUUCAUUGCAGUUGUGAGUGGCCUUCCCCCAGGCAACACUGCAACGAACCCCAUUUGUCGCUCUCACCAUUGCCUCUCUCACACCCUCCUUCCCUCCUACCGAAAAGGGGGGAUACACAUGGCUCGACCCUACUCCAAGGACUGGAAAGGGGGCAACACAUGGCGUGACACGAUCAAGAGCACGGCUGCUCAUGAAGCAUCUCAUGAGCGCUCUCACACCCUCCUUGAGCAUUGA